UCCAUCUCCACCUCGCCGACCCCAUUCUUCUUCCUCUCGACAUAGUAAUCACAAUAUUAACAACAGACAACAAUGCGAAACCUCUGGUGCGCCGUACUCUUUGGCGUGGCACGCGCCACCCAGACGGUGUUGCGGCCGGACGCGUCCACGGCCGACGACUAUGACCACUUCCAGAGCCCAUAUUCACCCACCCACUCCGUCCAGAUGCGACGACAGAACGAGUCAAUUUGCGACGCUGGUGCAGCUCAGUAUACGGGCUGGCUGAACAUUGGCCCAAAACAUCUGUUCUUCUGGUACUUUGAGAGCCAGAACGACCCUGCCAAUGAUCCUCUGACGCUGUGGAUGACCGGAGGCCCCGGCGACUCCAGCAUGAUCGGCCUGUUCCAGGAGAUCGGGCCUUGCUUGAUUAACGAACACGGCAACGGAACCGCUCCAAAUCCAUGGGCUUGGUCGCGCAACUCCUCUUUGCUAUUUGUGGAUCAGCCCGUGGAUGUCGGCUUCUCGUAUAUUGACGAGGGCCAUGACGUUGCAAAGGAUUCCCAGGAGGCUGCGGUUGACAUGCACCGAUUUCUACAGCUCUUCGUCUCCGAGAUCUUUCCUCAAAAGCGCUCUGCGCCCAUUCAUCUUUCGGGGGAGUCGUAUGCUGGCCAAUACAUCCCCUAUCUCGGGGCUCAUAUCGUGAAGCAGAACGAGCUCUAUCCCACCGAGCCCCAGGUAAACCUUCAGUCGUGUCUCGUGGGCAAUGGUUUCAUAUCCCCGAUGGACACCAUGUAUGGCUACUGGGACACGCUAUGCACCACCAAUCCGGGGGUAUCGACGCCCAUCUUCAAUCAGACGCGUUGCGACCAUAUGGCCGCAAACAUGCCCCGCUGCAUGCAAGUCGCCGAAACUUGCGCCCAACAUCCAGACACCGCUCUUUGCCAGGCGGCCUACUCCGUUUGCUACGAAGGGGUCCUCUCAUUGUACGAGGACGAAGUCGGCAAGGGCGGUCGCAACCGAUUUGACAUCACCGCGACAUGCGAGGUAGACGAAUUCUGCUACAUUGAAGCAGCCCAUAUUGAACAGUUUCUCAACUCGCCCACCGUCUGGGACGCUCUAUCUCCCCCAAAAGAAGUCACCACAUAUACAGUUGAAUCGAGCAACGUAGUCAAAGCAUUUGACACCACCCCCGAGGGCAUGACGUCUUCCUCCGAGCAUGUUGUUUUUCUCCUCUCCCGCGGGAUCCACUUCCUCGCGUACCAGGGAAACCUUGACCUUGCCUGCAACACGGCCGGGACUCUGCGGUGGGCUGAUGCACUGCGCUGGAAGGGUCAGCCUGAGUUUGCAUCAAAGUCGCUCCGGCCUUGGAAUGCACCAGCGAUUGGGCGCAGUGAGCCGGUCGGGACGACCAAGGAAGUCAAUAUCAAGGUAGGAAAUGACGGAGGGGCGGUGCGGUUUGCAUUUGUGACGGUAGAUGCGGCGGGUCAUCUUGUACCACAAGAUCGCCCGGACGUGGCGUUUGACAUGAUGCUGCGAUGGAUUACGGGAGCUCCGUUUGUUGUGUCAUGAUGAAAAGAGGCGGCGCUACCAAGCUCCCUAUCACUCCUUCUAUAGUCUGUUAACCCCUAGGAACCUGAGAUCAAUUAUAUUACUUAUAUUCAUAGAUAUAUAUUUGAAUAUAUCAUGUGCUGUCUAAUCAGCCUUCACCCAUUGUGUGCAUUAAGCUCUCCAUUAGGGAAGACUUCCUCUCGUGGUCCAAUUCACGAUGGGAGUUCGGUGCGAGAGAACGUUCGCGGCGCAGAGAGCUCCCACGGUCCCUUACUCUGGGAUCCUGCAUCUACCUCCGCUAUGUUUUGGCGACCGUUUUUGCAGGCUAUAGCCUCGUUCUGCUCGCUUUCAUUCUUUUUCCUGAGCAACCACCAUGCCACCCCAGCCAAUAUCGCGCAGCCAGCGACCGGCCCGAUCACCGCACCAGCAAUCCAAGCCUGGCUGCUUCCCGUCUCGGCCGAUGGCUCAGUAUG